AUGGAGCAUGGUGACUUGGCAGUUUGGAACGAAGCCGGUCCCCUGCAAUGGUCUGGUUUGGAAUUGCAAGGGUGGGUCCCGUUGGACCAAACUCCGGUCACCGCCAUCUCUUCUCCGGUCACCACCAUCUCUUCUCCGGUCACCACCUCAAAAACCGGAUUCGGUUAUCAUAUGGAUUGGGUACCUACGUAUGCUAAAACCCACACGGACAAUCAAGGGAAUUGGGUUGAUCCGGUUGCUGAACAAAAUUACCGGAACAUACAACAGGCCACAAGUCAAUGGAGCGGUGAGGGUCCGCCAAUUGCCCCGUAUCAGGAAGCGUUGGGUGAGCGGCGAGGAUGGUACCGCGGGAUGGGGCCUAAACCUUCUUCCAACACGUCCUCGCACUCGUCAUCUAACAUGUCGUCUUCGCAAGCUCGGACGCAAGAACCCUUUUCCGAGGAUUUUGUUAACAGCUUGUUCCAAACCCCGUCAUUUUUGAACCAACUUAACAACUAUCUUGCUUCACAAGGAAAAGGAAAAGGAAAGUCAAAAGGCUACGAUUCUGACAACUUAUUCGAUAAUGAAUCCGACGAUGAACCCAACGAUAACGAUAACGAUGAGUGACUUGUUUUUAAUGUAUGCUUUGGAUUUAAUUAAACGUUGUAGGAUAUAAUGUACGACUUAAACGUAGUUUUUAAUUAUAUUACCUUUAGUAUA